CCGGCUCUGUGAGAACAAGCAGCGACACUUCACAACUUUGAAAGCCUUUUCUGAUUCUAUCAUCUACUAACUUUGGACUCAGUCAGUUCAAGACUAGACAGGACAUCCUGGUGGAUCAUUUGUACUUUUUUUUUGGAUGAUAAUUGGACUUGGGUAAAUGUGUCUCCAAAUUGCCAUGAAUCAACUUUGGGAUAUCUUGUGACUAUUUUAAAAAUCCAGAGGAUCGAUCCUGCAAAAGAUCUGUUUGGAAAGCAGCUUGAGUUUUGCUUUUCUAAUUUGGGGCCGUCAGUCAUUUUGUAAGUGUCUCGUAUUUUUUUGUUGUUGACAUUUUUGAAUGAAACAAAUCCCUUGGUCAUCAGGGAUGGGGGUCUGGGAAUUUUUCAUUGAGCAGCCAGACUUUCCCCUCUCUCUUUAACAUCACAGAUGGGUCGUUAGUUUGGUGGGUUUUUUUUGUUGUUGUUUGUUUUUGGAGGGGGGGGUAGGGGUCUUAUCAGAAGGAUAGCUGCAGCAAUUUUCAUCACCAGCAAGAUUGUUGAGGCAAUGUAACAAAACCCCUUCAUAGUACCCCGCUUUGUGAAUCCCAAUCGCCAUACAAACCGAAUCGACCCCAAGGGAACAUCCGACUUUUACCAAGGGAGCCCCCCCCCCCGACCCACCCCACCCCCCCGGGGGUCUCAGGAAGCUCUGAUCUGACACAGUUGCCAUCAUGUUACGUUGUGUGCUUCAGCGUGCCAACAACCUGAGACACUCUGACCCUCUGGCUAGCAUCACCUUCAGAGGGUCCAAGAAAAAGACAAAGGUCAUCAAGAACAACCCUAACCCCGUUUGGAACGAGGGCUUUGAGUGGGAUCUGAAAGGUAUACCUCUGGACUCUGGAGCAGAGCUUCACUGUGUCGUCAAAGACCAUGAAAAAAUGGGAAGAAACAGGUUCCUGGGGGAGACUAGGGUGGCCCUCAGGGAUAUCCUCAGCUCUCCAAACCUGGCUGGUUCCUUCACUGUCUCCCUACUGGACACCAAGAGGAACAAUACAGGGGCUACACUGAGCCUUCAGGUUUCCUACAUACCUCCGCCUGGAUUGGCUCCUGUCUUCCAGCCUCCUCCCCAGCCAGAAGCCCUGCAGCAUAACAACCCCAAUGUGGAGUUGGACACCAUCACAAUGAUCUCUGUAGACACCAUGGGAGAAGAGGACACAGAGAGCAUGUUGAUGCUGGAGCCCACGGAGGACCAGGGACCGGAUGACGGCCGUUCGAUGGUAAUCGUUGGCCCCCAAGGGCCCCAGGGCCAGGAGACCCCCACUGCCCAGACUCCUAAACGCUCCCCACCCUCCUACAAUACCCACGGAGGCCUGAGGAAGCGGAGGAGAGGAGCCAGCAGUCAGCCCAAAGCUCUGCCUAAUAAACCACAGGAUCUACAGGUGCGUGUGAGGGUCAUCGAGGGGAGACAGUUGCCAGGCAUCAACAUCAAGCCUGUUGUCAGAGUAACGGUUGCCGGGCAGACCAAGAGGACUCGCAUCAGGAAAGGGAAUAAUCCUACGUUUUUCCUGAAUUUCUUCGAGACGCCGUCAGAUCUGUUUGACGAGCCCAUCUUCAUCACUGUGUGUGACUCUCGCUCACUCAGAACCGAUGCUGUGAUUGGAGAAUUUAAGUUGGAUGUCGGGACAGUGUAUAAUGAGCACAGACAUUGCUUCUUGAGGAAGUGGCUUCUGCUUUGUGACCCAGACGACCUCUCAGCAGGGGUCAAAGGUUAUUUGAAGGUCAGCCUUUUCGUCUUGGCUGCUGGAGAUGAGCCCCCGCCUGACAAGCGGGAAUGUAUUGAGGAGAAAGAGGACAUUGAGGGGAACCUGCUGAGGCCUGCUGGUCUGUCUCUCAGAGGAGCCAUCUUCACCCUGAAGGUCUUCAGAGCAGAGGACCUGCCACAGAUGGACGAUGCCUUUAUGGAUGGAAUGAGACAGAUAUUGGGGUUUGACAGCAACAGAAAGAACCUCGUGGACCCACUGGUGGAAAUCCACUUUGCUGGAAAAAACGGUGUGUGCACAAAAGUUCUGGAGAAGAAUGCAAAUCCGCAAUGGAACCAAAGUCUUACCAUGCCAGUUAGGUUUCCCUCCAUGUGCGAGAAGAUGAGGAUCAGGGUUGUGGACUGGGACCGUGCCAGCCACAACGACGUCAUCGGCACCUCCAACCUCUGCAUGUCCAAAAUAUCUGCCCCCGGAGGGGAGAUAGAGGUGGAUGAUAGCCUGGGUUUUCUGCCGACCUUUGGGCCGUGCUUUGUCAACCUGUACGGCAGCCCCAGAGAAUUCACCGCCUUCAACGACCCCCACGAGGCGCUCAACCUUGGAAAAGGAGAAGGUGUGGCGUACCGUGGUCGGCUUUUGCUGGAACUGAGCACCAAGCUGGUGGAUAAGCUGGAGCAGAGGGCUGAAGACAUAGUGUCAGAUGACCUGCUGGUUCUGGAGAAGUUUCUCCGGAAGAGGAAGUUCUCUCUCUUCGCUUCGUUCUACUCGGCCACCCUCCUCCAGGACGUGGACGACGCCAUUCAGUUCGAGGUCAGCAUCGGUAACUACGGCAACAAGUUUGACUACACCUGUCUGCCGCUGGCCUCCACCACCCAGUUCAGCAGAGCCGUGUUUGAUGGCUGCCACUACUACUAUCUGCCAUGGGGUAAUGUAAAGCCAGUGGUGGUCCUGUCUUCAGAAUGGGAAGACAUCAACCCAAGAAUAGAGGCCCUCAACAUGCUACUGGCUAUUAUAGACAGACUGGAGUCCAACCUAAAAAGGGUUCAGCUGGAGGUGAAGGUGGGCAGUGACCUGGAGGAGGUGGAACUACGAGUGGUUGACCUGUUGGAUCAGGUCAUUGCAGACUGCAGUGAGGAGCUACCGUCUCUGGACGAGUGGCCAUGUGUGACUCCUCUGGAUCGCUCUCUGAGACACAUCCGUUCCUUACACCUGCAGCAGAUAGUUCAGGCAGCGUCAGCCCUGAAACACGGACCCGCUACUGAGCUCUCUACAGUAAUGGACCAGGCAGAGGACUGGGCUAACAGGCUACGCACAAUGGCAGAGGAGCCCCAGAACAGUCUUCCGGACAUAGUGAUAUGGAUGAUGCAGGGGGACCGUCGGCUGGCUUACCACCGCAUCCCGGCACACACUGUGCUCUUCUCCCAGCGCCACUGUGGCAAGCACUGUGGAAAACUGCAGACUGUCUUUUUGAAGUAUCCUCAGAGCAGCGGCGGAGAAGCCAAACUUCCUGGUCAGCUGAGGGUGAAAGUCUGGUUUGGAUUGGCUGCCGAUGUCAAACACUUCAAUCAGUUCGCUGAGGGGAAACUCUCUGUCUUUGCUGAGACGUACGAGAACCAGACACGGCUCGCCCUAGUGGGCAAUUGGGGUACUACAGGUCUGACCUACCCCAAGUUCAGUGAUGUGACUGGUAGAGUGAAACUACCUAAAGAGAGCUUCAAACCCUCCUCUGGGUGGUCCUGGGCUGGAGACUGGUUCAUCAGCCCCGAGAAAACGAUGCUGUUUGACGUGGAUGCAGGUCACAUGACUUUCACAGAGGAAGUGUUUGAGAAUCAGAUGAGACUACCAGGUGGACAGUGGAUCGGGAUGCCUGAAGGUUACACUGAUGUGAAUGGGGAGAAGGCAGUACCAAAGGAUGAGGUGGAGUGUCCUCCAGGCUGGGUUUGGGAGGAGGUGGAGUGGAGUGAGGAUCUAAACAGAGCAGUAGAUGACCAAGGCUGGGAGUACGGUAUAACCAUUCCCCCGGACCGCCGUCCUAAGUCCUGGGUGCCGGCAGAGAAAAUGUAUCACACCAAUCGUCGAAGACGGUGGAUAAGGAUGAGAAGGAGAGAUCAGCAGAGAAUGGAUGCUCUCAGGAAGCAACGGCCAGAUGAGACAGAGAGAGAGGGGUGGGAGUACGCCUCCCUGUUUGGUUGGAAAUUCCAUCUGAAACCCAGGAAGACCGACUCCUUCAGGAGGCGCAGGUGGAGGUGUCGCAUGGAGCCGCUGGAGAAGACGGGGCCAGCAGCCAUCUUUGCUCUGGAAUGUUCCCUGAGCAGCAUCGAGGACAAGAACGACGACAAGUUGGUAACGACAACGUUCGGCGUCAACAGGCCCACCAUCUCCUGUUUCUUUGACAGUGGGACCCGCUACCACUUGCGUUGUUACCUGUACCAAGCUAGAGAUCUGCUGGCCAUGGACAAAGACAGCUUCUCAGACCCCUAUGCCAUCGUUUCCUUCCUUCAUCAGUCCCAGAAGACAGUGACGGUGCGUAACACUCUGAACCCCACCUGGGACCAGACGCUGAUCUUCUACGAGGUGGAGAUCUUCGGAGACCCCGAGCAAACCAUGGCAAACCCACCCAACAUAGUGGUGGAGCUGUACGAUCAGGACACAUACGGGGCGGAUGAGUUCAUGGGGCGAUGUGUGUGUCAGCCCUCUGUGACUUCCUCCCCUCGCCUGGCCUGGUUCCCCAUUCGCUUCGGCGAAAAGAAUGCCGGGGAGCUAUUGGCCGCCUUCGAGCUCAUUCGCAGGGAGAAGCCAGCGAUUCAUCAUAUUCCAGGUCAAGAGGGAGACAUCAUGUCCUCCACCCAUGUUCUGGAUGAGUUGCUGCUUCAAGGAUUCCUCUCAGAAAACCUGCAGCAAUGGCCGGACGAGUCCGACCUGCCGUACCCUCCCCCCCAGAGGGAGCCCAACAUCUACAUGGUUCCGCAGGGGAUCAAGCCUGUGCUACAAAGAACCGCCAUAGAGAUUUUGGCAUGGGGUGUUCGUAACCUGAAGAGUUUCCAGUUAGCCAGUGUUACAUCUCCCAGCCUGCAGGUGGAGUGUGGAGGUGCCAUGGUCCAGAGCUGUGUCAUACACAAUGUGAAGAAGAAACCUAACUUUGACAUCAGUACACUUUUCAUCGAUGUGAGACUUCCCCGUGAGGAGCUGUACAUGCCCCCGAUCAUCAUCAAGGUGAUCGACAAUCGACAGUUUGGGAGGAAGCCAGUGGUCGGGCAGUGCACCAUCCAGACUCUGGAGGAGUACAGAUGCAAACCACAGGAAGACGGGGAAGAGGGAGAGGAGGAGCGAGAUGAGGUGGUCCAGGCUCCCCGUGACGACGUCUUGAUUGACAUUGACGACAAGGAGCCACUGGUACCGGCACAGGAAGAAGAGUUCAUGGACUGGUGGAGUAAAUUCUACGCCGCAACUGGAGAGACGAACAAAUGUGGCACCUACCUGGAGAAAGGCUUCGAUACGCUUAAGGUGUAUGACAGAGAGUUGGAGAAGGUGGAGGGGUUUGGAGGUCUAUCAGACUUCUGUCAGACAUUUAAACUGUACAGGGGGAAGACACAGGACGAAGGGGAGGACCCCUCAGUUGUGGGAGAGUUCAAGGGUAUGUUUAAGGUUUACCCCCUUCCAGAUGACCCCUCUGCCCCAUCUCCACCCAGACAGUUCAGACAGCUGCCCCCCAACGGCAUUGAGGAGUGCCUGAUCCGAGUCUACGUCAUACAGGCGAACGGACUGCAGCCCAAAGAUGCCAAUGGCAAAUGCGAUCCCUAUGUGAAGAUCACUUUAGGAAAAAAGACCAUCAACGACCGUGACAACCACAUUCCCUGUACCCUGGAUCCCGUCUUUGGAAAGCUCUUUGAGUUAAAUGGCACCUUGCCUUUGGAGAAGGACCUCCGUGUUAUGCUCUACGACUAUGACAUGGUGACCAAGGAUGAGAAGAUUGGCGAGACUGUGAUUGACCUGGAAAACCGCUUCCUGUCCAAAUAUGGGGCACGCUGCGGCCUGCCGCAAACUUACUCUGUUUCUGGGAUAAAUCAGUGGAGAGAACAACUGAAGCCCAGUCAGUUGCUGAACAGAGUGUGUGACAGACAGAAUCUGAGACGACCCGUCUACAAACACGACAGCGUCUGCUUUAGAGGGCACGAGUACACAGCGAGAGACCUUGAGGAUGGCAAGCCCCCCAAUCCUCACCUGGGUCCUUUAGGGGAGCGUCUCUCCCUUUACAUCCUGAGAAAUCUGGGGCUCGUGCCUGAACACGUUGAGACCCGACCCCUGUAUAGUCCUCUACAGCCUGAUAUACAACAGGGUAGACUGAUGCUUUGGGUGGACCUGUUCCCCAAAUCUCUGGGACCAACCGGACCUCCCUUCAACAUUACACCACGCAAAGCCAAGAAGUUCUUCCUGCGUUGCAUUGUGUGGAACACCAGCGAUGUCAUCCUCGAUGAUGUCAGCAUCAGCGGAGAGAGGAUGAGUGACAUCUAUGUCAAGGGCUGGCUCCACGGACAUGAGGGCAACAAGCAGAAGACGGACGUCCACUAUCGCUCCCUUGGCGGAGAGGGAAACUUCAACUACAGAUUCAUGUUUCCAUUUCACUAUCUGCCGGCUGAACAGCUCUGCACCAUCAAUAAGAAGGAACAUUUCUGGAGCAUGGACAAGGCAGAGACUAAGAUCCCCCCGAAAAUCACCAUCCAGAUCUGGGACAACGACAAGUUCUCCUUUGACGAUUACCUCGGUCACCUUGAGAUGGACCUGAAUCACAUGCUGCGUCCAGCCAAGUCGCCAGAGAAGUGCGGCCUGGAGCUGCUGAACCAGCCAGCAGACAGACUGGUCUCGCUGUUUGAACAGAAGACCGUGAAAGGAUGGUGGCCCUGCACCUGCGAGCAGAACGGAGAAAAGAUUCUCGCUGGGAAGUUGGAGAUGUCGCUGGAGAUAGUGUCUGAGCAGGAGCAGGAGGAGAGACCAGCAGGUCUGGGGAGAGAUGAGCCCAACAUGAAUCCUCAUCUGGAAGAACCAAAGCGUCCAGAGACCUCCUUUCUGUGGUUCUCCUCACCUUAUAAAACCCUGAAGUUCAUCUUGUGGAGGAGGUUCAAGUGGCUGAUCAUCCUCUUCCUCUUCCUGUUCCUCAUCUUCCUCUUCCUUGGAGUCUUCCUCUACUCCUUCCCGAACUACGCUGCUAUGAAGAUGGUGGGACCUUUUGGACUGGCGAAGGGAGCAGAGUGAUGAGAAUGGAUGAAGUACACUGGAGGGACGCAUGAUGAUAACAACAACUUUUAAAUAACAAUGCAAGUGGAAUCACAGCUGAUGUGAAAGUCAGUGAUUUUCAGUUUUGUCUUGUUGAGAUCGGGACUUGAGUACGUUAUAGUUGGAAUAUUCCUGAAGUUCUUCAAAGCGUGGGGGCAGAUGACUGAACAGGGGCUGAGCUUGUGAACUUGUAGUCUGACACUGUGCUUUCUAGCCAAGUCUACACCACUUUAAAAAGAUAGACUUAAUAAGCAAUAUUGCUGGCAAGCAAUCUGGGGCGGUGUGUGUGUGUUUGUGUGUGUUUUGCAUCAGCACGUGAAGUAACCCUACUUCACUCUGCACUGUGUCUAUUUUCAGUGAUUAAAGCAUCAAAGGGGGUAUCUGCAUACAUUAUACAUUAGUGUGUGUGUAUGUUUGUGUGUGUGUGUGUGUGUGCUUGCAUGUGCAUGUGAGAAGUUUGUCUUUCCCGCUACUUGGUAAUGCGUUAACAAAAAUCCAAAGUUACAGUAUUACUGUACUGCAUGCACCUCUACAUUUGUAAUCAAAAGCCUUUGUGUUGUCUGCAGACAUUAGCCAAGGUGUCUUUGUUUGUUAGUUUUUUUCUCAUGUUUUGUGGAGUUUGCAUGUUCUCUCUGUGUCUGCCUGGGUUUCCUCCGGGGGCUCUGGUUUCCUCCCACAGUCCAAAGAUAUGUAGGUCAGGUGAAUCCGCUGUACUAAAUUGUCCCUAGGUGUGUGUGUGUAUGGGGGGGGGGGGCUGUGAUGGACUUGUGACCUGUCCAGGGUGUCUCCCCGCCUGCUGCCCAAUGACUGCUGGGAUAGGCUCCAGCAUUCCGCAACUCGACUUCAGAUAAGCGGCUUGGAUAAUGGAUGGAUGGAUGUUUCUUCAUUUGUGUGUUAGCCCACGUGUCUACCCCCCCACAUUCUGUCUCAUUCCUCUGUUACCCUUCAAUCUCUCUGUUGAAUCCCCUUUGUCAUCCAUCCACCGCAUCCCUCUCUCAUGCUGUCCUGUGAAACUUUUCCUUACUUCUUCACAUGUACUCCAUCUUUCCAUCUCUCACUCCAGGUAGAGCAGAGGGGGAGGGGGAGGCGGGUAGCAGGGGUUUGGAGAUGGGUAAUCCAUUGUUAGCAGGGACACCCUGUGUUGGAAGAGCGACUUUGAGGUAGAUGGACAGAUGUGGUGCUGACUCAGGUACACAUACCGGAAGACUCAAACCUGGUAAUGAUAAAAUAGAUGGUAAUGACUUGAUGGAAGAUAAAGAAGGGAGUCAUUAUCAUACGCUCAGCGCACAAAAACACUCAGGGGAACCCACACAAAACAACAGGCAUACUGUGUGCAGAUGCACAAGCAUUAACAUGCGUGCAUACUGUACGUGUACAGGGUAACACACACACACACAUACAAAACAGAGUAUAGCCGCCAACAAAACAUGCACAUGCAGACGCACAGCACCGGGGCCUUGUUAUAAUGUGUGUACUUAACAAGAGUCAACUGAGUAAUGUGCUCCAAUUGAUCAAAGGAAAUCCAAUAACGGGACUUGUGGUUUUCUGGGUCGUGUGUGUGUCUGCUUGUUGAUGCAGCUUCCAUUCCAUUCCCCUCCUCUGCAUGUAGAUGUGUGUGUGUGUGUGUGUGUGUGUGUGUGUGUGUGUGUGUGUGUGUGUGUGUGUGUGUGUGUGUGUGUGUGUGUGUGUGUGUGUGCGUGUGCGUGUGCGUGUGUGUGUGUGUACGCCUUCUCCUCUGUGCAUGUGGGCAUAAUUAAGUUGUGUGUGUGUGUGUGUGUGUGUGUGUGUGUGUGUGAGUAUAUGUGUUUGUUCUGUCUGUAGAAAUGCCUGAUUGCCUGUUUGCCUACUAUGCGUGUGUUUGAUGUGUAUUUAGGUCAGGACAGGGUCACGGUCAGUGUCAACCAAAGGGCCUUUUCACAGAGAGAUCUAUUUUGCUCUCUGAGUCGGUCAGAGCUGAUAUUUGCCAACACACACGCCCACACACACACACACACACACACACACACACACACACACACACACACACACACACACACACACACACACGAACAGGAAAGGUUAGAGCAGGGAGACUAAUCCACCCUGAUUCUACGGGAUUUCCUGGAGUGUGUGUGUGUGUGUGUGUGUGUGUGUGUGUGUGGUGGUCUUUGAUCUUUAAAUAGAUGUCAUUGACUUGGCUGGGAGAUGGAGGCUGGGAGAGCUCUGGUAUGAAGGAGGGUGUGAGGCAGUGGGAGUAAUGGGGCAGGAUGAGGGAACGCGAGCGGAGCUUAUCAAUGUCAAUAAAAAAAAAAAGGAUGACGUACAGCGAGGGAUAAAACAGAGGGGGGUGAAAAUGUGACAGAGGCAUGAAGGCUGCUCAACUUCUCCGUUUUACUGUUUUCAUAUUUUUCACCCCUUCUCAACCCACUUCAGGAUUCUUCAUGUUUGGUAUAAUUUGUAUUUACCAGGAAAACGGACUAAGACUAAUAAUAGCUCUUUAUUUGGAGCAAACCGCCUGGGAAAGUAGUGGUGCCGAAUGUAGUGGGGCUAAGCGGGGGGUCAUAUCCAUUCGCACAGGAAAAUAAAAUCUGGAAUAUUCAUACUAGAUCCAGUGCAGUUGAUAAGUCAUGCCAAAGACAUAAAAAGCCUCAGAAGUAAACCUCCCUAACACGAUAAAUCAGGUUAAAUCAAGAACUCCCUGUCGAUAUUUACUUUUUCAAGCUUUCUGAAUGCGCGCCGCCAGCGUUUGGCUCCGGCUUGAUUUACAAUAUGCGUCGCUUUCAUCUGUACCAUUCAGCGGCCCUGGAUGGAGGUAGCCAAUUUAUACAUGGAGGGAUGGAAAAUGGCAGCAAAUGAAAGUUGCAGAGGAAAAAAGGAUGAAGCCAGCAGUGUUGGAAGUGACUUCGUAUUCCUCUGAAUGGCUGAAAAUGUUUUAAAGGAUGAAGAUUGCGUACGCUUUCUUUAGCUUUUACAGCGAUGUGUCAUCGUCACAGCAUGUGUGUGUGUAUGGGUCAUUGUAUGUUAUAUGCAUGUUUGCAUUGCAUCUACAUUAUAGGACUGGCAGACGUCCCCAGCCAGAGCCGCUAUAAAACUGUUCGACUCCGGAGGGAGAGCUGUGCCAUGAGAUGCAAUGCAAGUGACUUUGUUUUUAUGGUUUACCGCGUAAAUGAGUGGUUGGCUCUCACGUUAGCGAGGUCUGAUUUUUCUGUUUCUAAUAAGGCGCCUGCUCAGAAGAAAAACCACUGAUAUAUAUCAUCCUGAUAUAUAUAUAUAUAUAUAUAUAUAUAUAUACAUACAUACAUACAUACAUACAUACAUACAUACAUACAUACAUACAUACAUACAUACUGCAUUGUGUAGUAUCUGCUGUACUUAUGAAUGAAUGUGAAAUGGGGAGAUUGGGUUUUGAUGAAGUGAUAUUUCCUUAACGAGAUGCUCCGAUACUCCAACCUAGUUUUUUUUUGGGGGGGGGGGGUUUCAUUGAAUCGAAGGUAGAUUGGUGCAGCAUCAGCAGUAAUGCGGACAUUGUACCGGACUAUGGUGGUGAAGAGGAAGCUGAGCCGGAAGGCACAGCUCUCAAUUUACCAGUCAAUCUUCGUUCCAAUCCUCACCUAUGAUGAUGAGCUUUGGCUAGUGACUGAAAUGGUGAGAUCCCGGAUACAAGCGGCUGAAUUGAGUUUCCUCUGUAGGGUGUCUGGGCUCAGCCUUAGAGAUAGGGUGAGGAGCUCACACAUCUGGAGGGAACUUGGAGUAGAGCCGCUGCUCCUUCACGUCGAAAGGAGCCAAUUGAGGUGGUUCGAGCAUCUGAUUAGGAUGCCUCCUGGGCGCCUUCCUUUGGAGGUUUCCCAGGCACGCCCAAAUGGGAGGAGACCCCAGGGUAGACCCAGAACUCACUGGAGGGACUAUAUAUAUAUAUGUGUGUGUGUGUGUCUAGUAUCUGCUGUACUUGUGAAUGAAUGUGAAACGGUGAUUUGAUGAAGUGAUGUAUUCCUUAACAAGAUACUACAAUUCUGUUUUCUUUCUUUUUUUUUUCAUUGAAUCGAAUUUGUUUAUAUCUUGACUUUUGAGCGCCUGUCUUUAGCAAACAUCAUAUAUUCGUGAUAGCCUUAAACAUAAUGCGGGCAUAAUCCCCACAUGCCUUAAACAUAAAACUCAAUUCAGACAAUGACUGUGCUCCAGAUUGUUUGGAAAUCUAAUCAGCCAAGCCGUCGUUUUUUUUUUUUUUUCCAAAAAGCCCCAUGUUGUCUUUGUACUGCUUAAGUGGCUUUUAAAGGUCCCAUGAAAUGACAUUUAGCGCACCGCAAACAUCCGCAGUUUAACAUAUACUGAAUGAGCUGAAGCAGGGCGGAUGGGAUUUUGUGAAGGGCGGGAUUUAUACCGGGCUGACAGCCAAUCGUAGCCGGACAUUUUUAGGAGAAUGUGGGCAUCGAAAUCCCAUUGGCUGGUAGACAGUGACACACCUUCGCUCAUGUCGCUGCCAUUCGUUGGACUUAGAUAAAACACAUACAUAUCCAGUAAAGGAGUAAAUGUUCAAUAGACGUUAAUUAAAUGCAAUAAAAGAGGCAACAAGAGUGAAACUGCGUUUUGCAUGAGACUUUGCAUAGUUCGUGGGACCUUUAUAGCACCGACUAACAGUCAGUGUCGUGUUUUGUUGUGUUUUAUUUGUUCUCUUAUUGAUGUUGCCAGUAAAUGCAAUGUGCCUUUAGCUUUAGGAAGCACUUCUGUCCACUAACCAACUACUGGCUCCAUCUGAAGUGCCCUGACCCAGAAUGCUCUAUUCCACUCAGAUAUUCCCAUUUCAAAACUUAAAAUGCAUUUUUUUUCACCGUUCUACUCUUAGAUGCCUUAUCAUGUGAUGCUGUCAAGAUCAGCCAGUCUUGCAGGACUCGGUCUCGUGCUACAGAAGUCCACCAGAGUGUUGUGUUGUUAGCCAUAUUAUCUGCAAUGUCUGCAAGUAUUGACCCCCUUUACAUUUUGCUCUCUGAAAACAACCUGCUUCCUUUUUCGAGAGAGGCCCUAUAAACGGAUCGAGAGAGUUUCGUGGUUUCUCUGUUUGAUGCCGGGUGGGUCCAGUGUUGGUGAACCUCUGGAGGAUCUUUCCACUGGACCUGAGUUAGUACAACGUCCCCUGUGAGCGUAGAAGCUCAAACAAACCUUUGUUUUCUUUGCUUGCUGAAUGAAAAGUGGACAUUUAAAGGAAGAAGGUUUGUAUACCUGAGAAGUGUGCCGUAUCUCUACACCAUCCCUCUUGCCAAAAUAAAAAGCAAUGCCCUCUCUGCAUAUCUCUGCCAUAAGCAUCCCUUUAUGCCUUGUCUGCAAUAUAAUCUGGAAAACCUCCUUGUUCAAUCCGAAUGCGGAGCAGAAAUGGAUUGUAUUGCAGAAUACCUGCACAGCUUUAGCCUUUGUGCAUGCAGUUGGUGAGGAGAAAUCUCAACAACUCAAGAUAGUAACGCAGUACACGGUGACAGGACAGCCUUUGUACUGAAGUACACUGUAUGCCGUCUUUGUGAGGUGUGCCAGCGUGUACCGUGAUCCUAUCAGCUCUGUGCCGGUAUCCCAAAGUAGCGGUUCUUGGACCCGUAUUGUACUCAGUGAUUAUUAGAAUAAUUCUCGUUCUGAUAGCUUUGCAAUAUUACACACGUUGUUUUAUGUACCUUUGUGACACACACUGAAUGUAUUCAAAUCAUUGUGUAUUUGAGUUCCUA